CCUGUUUCCUGAAAAUCAGAGGAAGUACCACCUGUAGUUCCCCGCCUGGUGUACUACGGUUUGUUCAGCCACGUUUAAGAGUGAUUGAUGAAUUGCUACUAGAAGACAUUAUCACAAGCUUUGGAAAACAUUAAGUAACUAAGCUUAUCAGCAAUCUAAAAAUACGUUGAGCAAUUUUCUUUGACUUGUUCACCAGGUAGCAUCUUCAAUCCGUGACAGCUAGCAUCCUAAAAAAAAGCACAUCAUAAAGAAUGCGGACAAUAGAUCAUUGUCGCAUGUGAAGCUGUGCGGCGCGACAACGCUUGAGCGGGCGCGGGGAAAUUAUAGGCGGGAUGAGCGAAGCCGAGCUUCUGAAUAUCAGCCCUGUCUCUGGUGAUAUCGAUCAUCCGAACAAAAAGAGUCUGAACUUCGUAGCGCUUGAAGCGUUUCUCGAUUACUUUUCGAAAAAUGCCGGCAGCAGUGCUGUCUGGACGAAGGUGAAUGACGUUGACAUUGACGGACUGAACAUUUUGUCCAAGGUAGUGAAGCACAGCGACCUUGGACUGUUGAAGAAGCUUCUUGGGUAUCACCAUUUCGAUCAAGAAAAGCACGUGUGGUCAGAACACGAGGACUCGUCUACUGGAAGUGAAAAUCCGCAAGAUGAUAGCUCGAGUGGGAUAGUCGGGUUACUUUAUACAUAGG